CGGCGGCGCUCGCCAAUAGUCGCCGGCGGCCUGUGAGGGCACUCCGAAGGGCGAGGGGAGGGCUUGGCCUCUCGCGCCCAGUUUCCCCGUGUCUCUGCGCCUGGGUCUCUGGACCGUCCCCUGCAAGCUCCCAGAGGCGGCACAGCCCCCGAGAGCUUGGCUAUCUGACAGAUUUCCUUCAGUAAGAGGGGACUCCUGAAGCUCUGCAAAACGAGUGUGGUGUGUGAUUUCAAGGCGCGAUGGCUGCAAAAGUGGUUCCAAUGCCCCUAAAGCCAAAGCGGUCCUUUAUACUGAGAGUUCCUCCGGACUCCAAGCUGGGCCAAGACCUACUUCGAGAUGCUACUAGUGGGCCCAAGACCAUCCACCAGCUAGUUCUGGAGCACUUCCUCACCUUCUUGCCCAAGCCAAGCGUGGUGCAGCCCAAUCAGAAAGUCAAGGAGACUUUGGUUAUUAUGAAGGAUGUGAGCUCAAACUUUCAGAACAGAUUGCAACCUCAUCCCAUAGUGAAGCUUCUACCCAGAGAAGGAAUCCAGCAGAAACAGGACACAUUGUCUCUGUAUCUGAAAACUGAGCCUGAGGAACUGGUGGUCUUUGAGGAUUUGAAUGUAUUUCACUCCCAAGAAGAAUGUGUGAGCCUAGAUGCUACUCAACAACCCACCUCAGAGAAGGAAGACAGUGUUGGGGAGAUGAUGUUACUGGACAAUGACAUUAAUCCUGAGAGUGACGAUCUUCAGAAGGAACCCGGAGAGAGUGGAGAUCAUAGAGAAAAGACUUCAGAUUGUGAUGAAGUGGACUGUUCUAUGGUCUCGGAGCAAUCUCCAUAUUGCCAUAAAGACAGACUAAGCACAUCCGCUCCAAAACAAAGGAAAGUGAGAAAUCUUCUAGUUACUAUUGAAAAUGAUACUCCACUAGAGGAACUCUCAAAGUAUGUGGAUAUCAACGUGAUUGCACUUACCCGAAAUCGGAGAACGAGAAGAUGGUACACUUGUCCAUUGUGUGGGAAACAGUUUAAUGAAAGUUCUUACCUUAUAUCCCACCAGAGGACUCACACUGGUGAAAAACCCUAUGACUGUAGUCACUGUGGGAAAAGCUUCAAUCAUAAAACAAACCUUAAUAAACAUGAGCGAAUCCAUACAGGAGAGAAACCUUAUUCAUGUUCUCAGUGUGGGAAAAACUUUCGUCAGAACUCUCAUCGGAGUCGCCAUGAAGGAAUCCACAUAAGGGAGAAAAUAUUUAAGUGUCCAGAAUGUGGGAAAACCUUCCCAGAGAAUAAAGACUUUGUGCUUCAUCUGCAGAGCCAUGAGGCUGAGAGGCCGUAUAGUUGCAAAAAAUGUGGGAGAAGAUUUGGUCGGCUUUCCAACUGUACCCGGCAUGAAAAAACCCACUCAGCAUGUAAGACACGAAAGCAGAAAUGGGAUCAGGAAAGGUCUGAUGGUCCUGCCUUGACCUGAAAUCUUUAAUAGGGAAUUCUAAAUUCCCAGGCUUCUGAAAAGAUGCAGAUAUGUGCAAACCUCAUUAUAGUCAAAAUUGGGAAAGUACCCAUCUUGGCUGAAACCUCAAAGUUUUAGAAAAUUUCACAGGGAAGAAGACAUUCUCAAGGGCUAUACCUCAGUCAGCAUCCACAUUUUCUGGAUUAAGGAGCUCUCUUUUGUGAACUUCUACAACAAUGUACAGGCCACAGAUCCCUUUUCCCAAAAAGGCUUUGAAUAGGAGUCUGGAGGCCACUUACCUGCAAGGUGAACAGAGUGGCUCAUGUGUACGGAAAGUGUAUCCAUUUUCCCCCCACAUAGGAAUUCACACUUGUGAAAAAAAAAAAAAUAAUAAUAAUAA